AUGGCCGCCGGGGCCCCGAAGGAGGGCCUGCUGAGCGCGAGCGUCGCGAGCACCUCCGCGCCGGGGUCCCUCAGCACCGCCGCCGCCACGACGGCGACCAGCGGUGGGGCGAUGGACCCCCCGCCCAGGAGGAGCCUGCUCACACGGAGCUUCGGCGAGCUGACCAUGAACGGCGUCCGCCACAGCGCGCUCACGCUGACGAGCACCGCGCUCGGCGGUGGCGUGCUCUCCGUCAGCUACGUGAUGCGCCUGGCCGGUCCCCGGGCGGGGCCAGACUCGGUGCCCGAUGCUCCGCUGCCGCUGCUGCAGGCCGGAGACGGGUGGCCUGACGGACCUCGAAGAGCGCGCGCGCAGUGGAGUCGCCGUGAGCUGUGA